AUGCCGCUCUCAGUGUCUCAGCGUCGUGCGGCUGUUCGGCAGUUUGUCGCUGACAAGCACGGUCGCCCAGAUGAUAGACGGCUGGAUGGGCCACAGCUGAAGCGUGUCGACCCGGGGCAGAGGCUGGUCCCUGCCCCCGACGCUCAGGUCGCAGAGCGACGGCAGGCCGCUGUGGCGCGGGUCCGACAGCGGCGAGCAGAGCGCGCUUUGGAGUCGUUGGCGAGCCAAGAUCGACAUGCAGAUGCGUCGGAAACGAAAGGAGAGCUUGGAGAGGAAGCUGAUGGGCUAUUCGACGAAAGAGAAGCACUUGGUCAGGACUUCGAAGCUCAACGAGAGCCGAAGAGCGCCGUCCAGCUGCCUGAGGUCGAGGUCUUCGCACAAGCGAGGGACGUGGCCUCCCAGGAGAAUGACCACCCGGGUCCUCCCAGCACCGUCGAGGAGGAUGGUUGGGAACCGCCGCCAAGACCCUCCAUGCCGGCAAUGCCAGGUCCUCCAAGCCUCGCUGGCAUAGCUGCAGAUGCCACCCUCGGGUUCACGCCUGAAGGGAGGUCAUCUCUGCACGACUCUCUUCUGGAAGGUUCUGACGAUGUUGAUGCAGACUUGCCCGGUGUAGGCGUUGCGGAAAGGCGGGAGCCCGAAGCUCACACCAUGAGCUUGGGAGUGGAGACGCCUUUACUCAGUGCCCUGCUCUUAGCCAGGCUUGGAGUCAUUUCUGCCUGUUUUUCUCCUCAGCGGAGGGUCAGGAGUCAUUUUUCUGGAGCAUGGGGUGAGCUUGCGCAGAGCGCCUGUACAUGGCGCUAG